CGUCAACUUGACGUAUAAUGUAGAAGAGAUUUGUUUGUUUGUUUGACGUUGCUAAAUAUUGAAUUAUUAAUAGUUUUACAUUACUUAAAUACUUUAAAUGGUAUUAAUUUCGCAAAAUAACUGAAAGUUUAUAAUAAUAUUUUCUGUAGAUAGACUAGUAGAUUAUUCUACCAUCGGUGUAAAGUUUUAAGGUUAUAAUUUUGUUUUGCAAGAUUCGCUAACAAAAAUCAUGGUUUGUGAGAAAUGUGAGAAGAAACUUGGCCGCGUGAUUACUCCAGACCCUUGGAAAACUGGAGCCAGGAAUACUGUGGAGUCCGGAGGCAGAAAAGUUGGUGAAAAUAAGGCACUCACAGCGAAAAAGGGACGAUUUAACCCAUACACGAGCAAAUUUCAAGAAUGCAGAAUAUGCAGAACAAAGGUCCAUCAGGUUGGCUCCCACUACUGCCAAGCGUGUGCCUACAAAAAGGGCAUAUGUGCCAUGUGUGGAAAAAAGAUAUUAGACACUAAAAACUACAGACAGAGCUCCACUUAACAUAAGAAGCUAUACAAACUAUUUAUAAGACAUUUUAUGCAUUGCCAGAAUGCUAAAUUAGGAGAAAUUAGGUUUAAACCGCAUGAAGCAAUAUUGAUGCCUGUUUUAAUGUGUAAUCAUUUUAUACCACUACAAUUUACAAUAUCAGCAUAAAAAUAUGACCGUAGUGAGAUGUACCACUUUACAAGUAUGUUUUAGUGUACCGAUAGUCAUAGUCUGAGAUACAGCUACACUUAAUAUAGACUGCAGAAAAAACAAAAUAUUUUACAGACAUUUUUUAUUGGACUUAUUGAAGCUAGUUGACGCUAAACAUAUUAUUCAAGGUAUUUGUAGCUAUUUAAUAUUUUGCACCAAAAAUAUAUUAUGCCUAUUCAUGAUUAGGAUGCAAUCACAUAUUGGGUGUGUUGUUCACAAUCACAUUAAAUGAAAUGAGUUAAUAUACUGGUUAAUAUAUAUCGAUUAACACAAAGAAAAAAGAAAACAAAAAAGUCAAAAAAAAAGAUUUUUCAAACAAAGUAAAUACAAUAAAAAUG